AUGUCGAGUUCUUUGAGAAUUGUCUCCAAGUUCACGCCGGUUCUUCCCUCGAUUUCCUUCUCGACUUGCUAUUUCCUUCUCGACUUCACGAUUUGCUUUCCAAUUUUCUCGAGAAUCUUUUCCAAGUUCGCUUUUCCUCGCGAUUUUCUUCCCAGAUCUGCUAUUGAUCGCGAUUUUCCCUUAUUCACGCCUUGCAAGUCGCCGAUUCGCUAUUGCUCGUCAUCUUCCCCAGGUCGAGGUUUACUGCUCGCGGUCCACGAGUUGCGCUUUUCUAAUGCUCAGUCAUUUUCCACAAGUCGAGAUCUACGGUUCGCGGUCCGCAAGGCGCGAUUUUCUACUGCUCAGUCAUUUUUAUUCGACUCGCGAUAUGCAACUUGCGUUAUCAUUACUCGUCUCCUGCUUCAUUCACAUGAAUCGAUGCUCACUUGCUUGGCGAUGCGGAUCUGCUUUUCGAGAUACGUUAGUCGAGGCAACAAGUCGAGGCUCCUAUUUUGCGAGAUAGAAAGUCGAGGCUCCUAUUUUGCGAGUUACCCAAAGCUCUCCGAGCGAAGAUUGCCGAGGCUAUGGAUGUCAUUAGGGGCGUAUAUUAGCAUCAGGCUAGCACUCUAG